AUGGUGUCAGAAGUGGGAUCUGAACCCACGCCCACAUUCGUUAGAGGAUUUUUCGAAUGUACCCAGUAUGAAAAUGACCAGCCUUUCGACCAGUGGGUAGAAGAAUUUGAAGACUCAAUGCUUGCAAAUUUUGGGGAAAUAGACGACAGGCGAAAGAAAGCCAUUUUGAUGCAGCUGUGUGGGGGAGCCGUGAAAAAAUUUGUAUCAAGCCUAAGCAAUGAAGCGAAAGCUUCAUACAAGUUGAUCAAGGUCGAGAUCAUCAAUAAAUUUAGACAUACUGCAAACGAGACGGUAGAAAGACACAUUUUUAACACAAUGGACCAGGAAGAAGAGGAAACCAUUGAAGCAUUUCAAAUGAGGCUUCGAAUGCAGGCUAAGAAAUGCAACUACACGAUCCCGCCAAGAGAAAUAGAAAUCGAUCUAGAAGGUGGAGAGAAGAAAAAGAUCAAACUUGAAGCAGAGGACAUAUCAGAGAGCCUCAUCAGAGACAGGAUCGUAGUAGGAGUGUCUAACCGAGCCACGAAAACAAGGCUUCUUAGAGAACACAACCUCACACUGGAAACUGCAGUCAAAAUUGUUAAAACCCAGGAGAUGGCAGACAAGAGGAUUCAAACACUGCUAGCUACAACUAACGCCAGCAUAAAUGCCAUCGGGAGGAAAAGACCCAGACCUCAAAACGAACCAUCAAAACCUCAAGUUAACAAGAGAUACAAACCGCAAAACUCACAAGGAAAAUGUGGUUAUUGUGGGAACCAACACCAGUUUGGAAACCCUGAGCACUGCCCAGCGUAUCGACGGACAUGUUCAAAAUGUGGAAUGAAGAACCAUUUCGCCAAGGUUUGCAGAUCUAAAAGAAAGAUCGACAUGAUCCACCAAGAUUUUUGCGACCCUUCCGAAGAAGAUCUAGAUGCAGUGAUGAACGAAGACGACAAAGAUGACAGCAUCUACACCUCGGAACUCAACAUUGGUGCUAUCUCGACAGAGAACCAAUAUACGCGUCGGUGGUAAUGAGGAAGUUUUGUGAGAAAUAUGAUAUCGAUAAGUGUUUUAGUUCCGCACGAUACAGUCAAUCUAAUGGGCAGAUUGAACGAGCUAUUGGGCACGUUAAGAACAUUAUUACACGAUGUAAAGGUAAUUUAGAUAAUGUUAAUAUGUGUUUACUAGACUAUAGAGCGACUCCAUUGAGCCCUCAAUUGGGAAGCCCCCAUAAUCUAUUAAUGGGAAGAGAUGUUAAGACAAAUUUGCCAUAUUUACAAAGCUCAUUGGUAACUGAGAGAGACUGCAAAAACCGUAAAUUAUUACUCGAUAGACAAGCAGCAAGUGCUCAAUAUUAUAAUAGAAAUGCUACUAAAUCUUUUGAUAUGUGUAACCCGGGUGAUAUAGUGAUUUACAAAGACGGGAAAUCUGACAAGACUUGGCGCCAAGCCAAAGUUGUGUCUGUUGACCGCAAAUUUCGCUCAUACACCCUUCUGAACAGUGUUGGAAAUGUUAUCACGAGAAACAGAUCCAUGGUAAUCCAGGAUAAAACUGGUAGAGGAUUCUCGGCUUCUCAUGAUAAGUUCUUCGAUACUCUUCAGACCCCCAGCCCACUGGAAGUACCAAAAAGUUGUGACCCCCGACUGAUUCCAAAACCCAUACUAGCGCCAAAGGCACAAACAGAAACUCCCAAACCAAACCCCUGCAGCACCCCAGCCAAAUUAAAGAAGACCAUUACUGUCCCUGUUACAAAAUCUAAUAUGCCACCCGCGAUAGCUAAGGAGUACAAACUUAGGUUAUAUGCCGAGAGGCAUAAUACUCAGCCGGUAACGUUGAGACGGUCUGAGAGAUUAGCGGGGAAGGCUGCCAAAUAGUUUCUUUUUAUAAGUGUAGAGUUAGAUACGGUUAAAGAAUCUAGUAUACGGAUGUUUUUAUAUUUAUUACCAUUAAACGAGACAAUUUUAAGUAAAUUCAGUUUUUAGUUUUUCCAGAUUUUUAAUUUAUUUUAAAUUAUUUUGAUUCCACAACAUUGUGUGUGCGAAUAGAUGUGAGAACAAAGAGAUUUUGGAAAGGAGAUGGAAGGCGCGAGCGCCUAACGCACUAUUCCUGUGAAAUUGUUGAAGGACGUAGGCACUUGCGCAGAGAUAGCGCGCGCACGCGCAUAGCGUGUGACGUGUCUUUAUUUCGUUAGUUCCCAAAGAGGGAGAUGUUAUGUAUUGUAUAUU